CUCUGUCCAGAAUCACAAACCGCAGAUCAUGCCUCCUCCCCCAUCAAAACCACCCCAACCCUGCCCCCACAAAACUUUACAACUCACACCCUCCCCCUUUGCACCUCUAGCAGGCUAUACACAGCCUAGCAGCCCUGAAUGCUUAGCAGCCCAACACUACACACCAUCUUCCACAGCAGCGCGCAGCCGAAACAAACGCAAGCGAGACCCUACCGCUCAACCACCCCAGAAACCACAAUCCAAAAUCGAAAUCGACAAAGAACCCACAACAUUCCCAGCUCCACUGGUACUACCAUAUGACCAGUUAAACUACGACCCCGACGAAGAACCUCAGAGUUUGACGGAAUGGGUUGAAGGCGAGCACAGGAAUGUGGUUACGAAGGAGAGGAACGUGGUUUAUGUAGUUGGGUAUCCAGAAAUCGGAGAGGAGUUAAAGGGAAUAGGGAUGAAUGAGUGGGCGAAACCUCAAGUCGCCGGCACGAACAAAGGGGAAGAAGGAAAAGAGGAGGUGGAGCAGCCCGACAUCGAAGAGAUAGUGGAGUAUCUUCAAGCGUUCUACCACGGACUCCGAGUCCAGCGUCUCGACACACAACUCACAUACCUUCCCUGGACCACCAACGCCCGCGGGAAGAAAACUCCAUCACGCACAAAACCAAAAACUUCUUCAUCUUCUUCGUCCUCGACAACGCCCCACACAGUCCCAAAAUACAUCUCCCUCCACCACCCCCGAACCAAAACCUCAACACGGAUCCGCGUCCGCCCCUCCCCCUCUAUCCCUCCAUCCCCACCCUUCCCCGUCCAACUCAACCUCAACGACCUCCUCGACGGUCUCCUGGCCAUCCUCCCAUCAGACGCCUACGCGAUCCUCCUCCUAGUUAAACAAGACAUCUACGAGUCCCCCGAGGACGACUUCUGCUGCGGCCGCGCAUACGGCGGGUCCCGCAUCGCCGUGGUGCAAACAGCGCGGUACCACCCGUCCCUGCACCCCAGCGGAAACGAACAUGUAUGGCCGAUGAGCCACUGUAAAGCGUUCGUGAACGCUAUUUGUGAGGGUGAGGAAAAAGGGCUAGGGAGCAAACCCGCUAGUAAAAAGGAGAUGGAGAUGUCGAGGGAUGAGGGUGGAGGGGUUAGGAGGGCGAUUUCGGCGGCGAUGGCGGGUGGGGAUGGGGGUCAGGAGGAUAAGAGAGCCUUGUGGACGUCGAGAGUGGCGCAGACGGCUUCACAUGAGUUGGGGCAUUGCUUUGGGAUGGCGCAUUGUGUUUAUUUUGCGUGUAAUAUGAUGGGUACGGCGGGGAUGGAGGAGGAUUUUAGGUGUCCGCCGUAUUUUUGUCCUGUGUGUCAGGUCAAGUUGGGGUAUGCGGUUGGGGAGGGUACUUUGGAUCAACGUGAAUACGAGAAGAGGAGGUUGGAAGGUUUACGAGGGUUUUGUAAGGGGAACGGGAGGGAGAAGGCGCUUAUGUGGAGGGCGUUGGGUGGGUGGGUUGAUGCUAGGCUUGAGAGUCUUUAA